AUGGCCGAUCGAUACAGUUUCUCUCUCACAACAUUCUCGCCGUCCGGCAAACUUGUACAGAUUGAAUAUGCUCUUAAUGCAGUUUCUCAAGGUGUCACCAGUGUCGGCAUCAAAGCUACCAAUGGCGUUGUCAUUGCAACCGAAAAGAAAUCAGCCUCCAGCCUUGUAGACGACUCGACAGUUGAAAAGGUCGCUAUGGUUUGCGCUAAUAUUGGCAUGGUAUACUCGGGUAUGGGACCUGAUUUCCGCGUCCUCGUUGCCAAGGCACGUAAAGCAGCACAGCAAUAUAAGCGUGUUUACAUGGAAGAACCACCAACACGUAUCCUUGUUCAAGAAAUUGCCGGUGUCAUGCAAGAAUACACCCAAAGCGGUGGUGUGCGUCCAUUUGGUGUCUCUUUAUUGGUUAUUGGAUACGACGAUGUCAAUGGCCCUUCACUGUACCAAGUUGAUCCCUCUGGCUCUUACUUUGCAUGGAAAGCAAGCGCAAUUGGCAAGAACAUGAUCAAUGCCAAGACCUUCUUGGAGAAACGAUAUAAUGAAGAGAUGGAACUUGAAGAUGCUGUACACACUGCCAUCCUCACGCUCAAGGAAGGAUUUGAAGGCCAGAUGACUGAGAACAGCUUGGAGAUUGGUAUCAUUGGAGAGAGCACCGUUGGUGUUUACGGAGGAGAGAGAAAAUCGAUUCCAUUGUUCAGGAAAUUGAAUGUGAAUGAGAUCCGGGACUAUUUAGCCAACAUUGCGUAA